AUGCCCCCAACCUCACCUCCCCCACGAGCCUCCCUCAUCAAACCCGUCCGCACCCUCUGCACAGCCUUCGCAUCAGCCUCUUCCCCAGAAACCCUCGCCGCGUCCUUCACACAAACGCCCGCACCCCUCGCGCACGAACACGGCCUGCCCGAGCUAGCCCCCUUCCUCGGGCGAGACUUCACGGGUACAGAAGGCAUAAAACGCUAUUUCACCCUCGUAGCGAGCGAACUCUCAUUCGAGGGGAUGGAAUUCGAUGAUGAGAGAGACUGGGUCGUGGACGGGGUGUCUAUGGCUGUUGCGUUGAGGGGGAGAGCGCGGUUUGUGUGUAGGGCGAGUGGGGAGGGGUGGGAUGAGACAUUUUGUUAUAGGGUUGGUUUGGGUUUUGAGCAGGAGGGUACUGGGGAGGAUACUGAAGGGGAGUUGAAGGUUAGGGAGUAUAGGGUUUGGGCGGAUACGGGGGCUGCGUACUUGGCUAGGCUGGGGAGGUUGAGGGGGGAAACUUCUUCUGGUGAUGGUGGUGAUGAGUAUGGAAAGAAGAAGAAGGGGGGUGGGCAUGAUAAGGUUGAUUAA